CACGCCAGGCCGAUGAGGCGGUCGUUGCGCGAUCACAGCACGCAUUUUCGCGUUCGGAAAGCGUCGUCGUCGAUCGCUGCCGAGUGCUGCUUCUAACCCAGAAAGUACGGGUGCGGACCUUUGAAACGUCGUGCAAAAGGUGAAUUAACGCAAAAAUGAGGUGCUGCGAGCCGUAGGCGAAGUGCCCCAGUUUGCCGUGCUCCCAGUGGAAGUGCUUUCGAGGAUGACGGCGGCCACCGGACGCGGCCAGGGCUGCUGCUUCACUCAAGUCCCGACCACACAGUAACACAAAAUGGAGGCAUGCUGCUGUAGGCCCACUCUGACGAAUCAGGUUGGCUGCAGCGCAGGAGGCGGCGGCACAGGCGGUGCAGCAGCAGACGGGGGCGGGCGCAGCUGAUACAAUGGGUGGAGCCAGCGCGGCAGGAGGGCAGGGGCCCAGCUCGUUGUUCCUGUUCUCCGAGGAGAAUCCUAUUCGUAGACAUACGCGCUUCAUCAUCGAGUGGCCUCCGUUUGAGUAUGCCGUGCUUUUGACAAUCAUAGCCAACUGUGUGGUGCUGGCACUGGAGGAACACCUGCCCAAUCACGACAAGACUUUAUUAGCACAAAAAUUAGAGGCAACCGAAGUUUACUUUCUAGGAAUAUUCUGUGUUGAAGCUUCAUUAAAGAUUCUAGCGUUAGGUUUCGUUCUUCAUAGAGGCUCGUAUCUCAGAAACAUCUGGAACAUUAUGGAUUUUUUUGUGGUGCUUACGGGGUGUCUGACGUUGUUUCUUCAGGAUUUCGUAGCAGUGGAUCUGCGCACGUUGCGGGCUAUUCGAGUGCUAAGACCUCUCAAGCUAGUCUCUGGCAUCCCUAGUCUGCAGGUCGUGUUGAAGUCCAUCAUCAAGGCAAUGGCACCUUUGCUCCAAAUCGGUUUGUUGGUCUUGUUUGCAAUUGUCAUCUUUGCUAUCAUCGGACUGGAGUUCUACUCGGGUGCUCUUCACAGAACGUGUUACAGUCUCUACGAUAUUGAUGAAAUAGCCAAAGAGGGGGAUGCUGAAGUACCGUGUAACACUGAUAACGAAACCCAGGCUAGAGCACAGGGUAGUAACUGGUGCCGGGAUGGAAAUUCGGUUUGUUUGGAACGCUGGCAAGGGCCCAAUAAUGGGAUCACGUCUUUCGACAACAUCGGCUUUGCCAUGCUUACGGUUUUCCAGUGUAUUACCAUGGAGGGAUGGACGGCGAUUCUUUACUGGAUGAACGACGCAGUUGGGAGUACAUUUAAUUGGAUGUAUUUUGUUCCACUUAUAGUGUUGGGUUCGUUUUUCAUGUUAAAUCUGGUCCUUGGUGUCCUUAGCGGUGAAUUUGCCAAAGAGCGAGAAAAAGUAGAAAAUAGGCAAGAGUUUUUGAAAUUGCGAAGACAGGCACAAUUAGAAAGAGAGCUCAACGGCUAUGUGCAGUGGAUUUGUAAAGCAGAGGAAGUCAUUUUGGCUGAAGAACGCACGACUGAAGAAGAAAAGUUGCAUAUCAUGGAGGCACGCAGGCGAGCCGCCAAAAAGAAGAAAUUGAAGAAAAUGGGUAAAAGUAAAAGCACAGACACGGAAGAGGAGGAGCAGGAGGAGGAAGUUGCAGAUGAUGUAUUUCUUACAGAGUCUAAGAAAACGUUAAAAGGAUUUGGUCGGACGUCGUACUUGAAGUCUCGAGCGAAAGGACAAGGAGGCUGUGCCCGAUUUUGGCGAGCUGAAAAGCGUUUUCGCUUUGCUAUUCGCCAUAUGGUCAAGUCCCAGUGGUUCUAUUGGUCCGUUAUUGUGUUAGUUUUUUUUAACACGUUUUGUGUUGCCGUCGAAUACCACGGACAACCCGAUUGGUUAAGCAAAUUUUUGUAUUAUGCCGAAUAUGUAUUUUUGGGCCUUUUCAUGUCCGAGAUGUUCUUGAAGAUGUACGCCUUGGGCCCCCGCAUUUAUUUCGAAUCAGCCUUCAACCGUUUCGACUGCGUUGUGAUAACGGGUUCAAUCUUCGAAGUGAUUUGGUCCGAAGUCAAGGGCGGUUCUUUCGGUCUGUCCGUCUUGAGGGCCCUCAGACUCCUGCGUAUAUUCAAAGUGACCAAAUACUGGUCCUCGCUGAGAAACCUUGUAAUAUCGCUGCUCAAUUCCAUGCGGUCUAUCAUUUCCCUAUUGUUUCUCCUCUUCUUGUUCAUCCUGAUUUUCGCGCUGCUCGGCAUGCAGCUGUUUGGCGGUCAGUUUAACUUCGAAAAUGAAACGCCGCCGACGAAUUUUAACACGUUUCCGAUUGCACUUUUAACAGUAUUUCAAAUUUUAACUGGUGAAGACUGGAAUGAGGUGAUGUAUUAUGGAAUAGAAGCUCUGGGAGGUCACGACAAUGGAGGGAUGAUCUAUUCGUUAUAUUUCAUUAUACUCAUGCUCUUUGGUAACUACACUUUGCUCAAUGUGUUCUUGGCCAUCGCCGUAGAUAAUUUAGCCAACGCCCAAGAACUGACGGCCGCUGAAGAAGAACAAGCGGAGGAAAAUAAAGAAAAACAAGCCUUAGAGUUGGAAAAGGAAAUGGAAGCUUUGCAAAUGGAAGCUGGUUCAAAUCCAAGAGUAGAGGUAUGCCCUCCCAGUCCGAUAAAAAGCAGGAAAAAGAAAGAUGAGAAGCCACCCGAUGAAGAGGAGGAAAUCGUCGGUCCCAAACCUAUGCUGCCAUAUUCUAGCAUGUUUGUAUUAUCCCCCACUAACCCCGUACGAAGAUUCGCACAUGGAAUCGUAAAUUUGCGUUACUUUGAUUUUUUUAUAAUGGUUGUAAUUUGCCUGAGUUCGAUGGCGUUGGCCGCCGAGGAUCCGGUGAACGAAGAUUCGAACUGGAACCUGAUUUUGGAUAGAUUAGAUUACGCCUUCACUGGAGUGUUCGCCGUGGAGAUGCUUCUCAAGAUCAUCGAUCUGGGUAUUAUUUUGCACCCGGGUUCGUACUUGCGAGAAUUCUGGAAUAUCAUGGACGCUGCUGUUGUGAUUUGCGCGUUGGUUUCAAUGGGUUUCGACGUUGCGCAAAACAAAGCAGGAGCUAAUCUGUCGACCAUUAAGUCGUUGCGGGUGCUUCGAGUGUUAAGACCAUUAAAAACAAUUAAACGAGUGCCCAAAUUAAAAGCAGUGUUCGACUGUCUAGUGAACUCAUUAAAAAAUGUGAUAAACAUUCUCAUAGUGUACAUAUUAUUCCAGUUUAUAUUUGCUGUGAUCGCCGUUCAGUUGUUCAACGGAAAAUUUCGACAUUGUACUGAUGCAAGUAAAUUUACAGAAGCCACGUGCCAGGGUCAGUAUUUUAUUUUUGAUGAAGAUAAUGAUGUGCCUCGAGUAGAAAAACGCGAGUGGAAGUUGCAAAGUUUUCACUAUGAUGAUGUAGCCAUGGCUAUGUUGACUCUGUUUGCUGUUCAAACCGGGGAAGGUUGGCCUCAGGUUCUUCAACAUUCGAUGUCUGCCACAUAUGAGGAUCAAGGCCCUAUCCAAAAUUUUCGAAUAGAGAUGUCCAUUUUCUACAUUGUAUAUUUUGUAGUGUUUCCGUUCUUCUUUGUAAAUAUAUUCGUAGCCUUGAUCAUUAUAACAUUUCAAGAACAGGGUGAAGCAGAAUUACAAAGUGGUGAAAUCGACAAAAAUCAAAAAUCUUGCAUAGAUUUCACGAUACAAGCGCGUCCUUUGGAGCGCUACAUGCCCAACAAACGGAACAGCUUUAAGUACAAGAUCUGGAGGAUUGUGGUAUCCACUCCUUUUGAAUAUUUUAUUAUGAUGCUGAUUGUUUUUAACACGUUGUUGCUCAUGAUGAAGUACCACGAGUCACCGCCCUUGUUGUCCGACAUCCUGGCAGCAAUGAAUAUUCUAUUUACCUUCCUCUUCCUUUGUGAGACUGUUCUCAAGCUCAUCGCUUUCGGCAUCAAGAACUUCUUCAAAGACCCUUGGAACACCUUCGACUUCAUCACCGUGAUCGGGAGCAUCGUGGACGCGAUGGUGGUCGAGUUUGGGGAAAGAGCAGCGAACCUUGCGAAAGAAAGGUCUCGAAAAUCCGGAGCAAAAUUAGGUACCUUUGAUAGCAUCGUUAAAUGGAUUCAGGAAAACUUUAUCAAUGUCGGAUUUUUGAGAUUGUUUCGUGCUGCCAGAUUGAUCAAGCUUUUACGCCAAGGCUAUACCAUACGUAUUCUUCUCUGGACUUUCGUUCAGAGUUUUAAAGCUCUUCCCUACGUCUGUCUUCUCAUCGCAAUGCUGUUCUUCAUCUACGCUAUUAUCGGAAUGCAGGUGUUUGGAAAUAUCGCGGAAAUCCCUAGCGCGUCCAUAACGCGCCACAACAACUUCAGGACGUUUAUCCAAGGAUUAAUGCUCUUGUUCAGAUGUGCAACGGGCGAAGCUUGGCCUAACAUCAUGUUGUCCUGCAUCAAGGGGCAACCUUGUGAUCCCGAAGCCAAAAAACCUCCCAACAGUUGCGGUUCAAACAUUGCUUAUGCUUACUUUGUCUCGUUUAUUUUUUUCUGCUCAUUUCUGAUGCUAAAUUUGUUUGUUGCCGUUAUUAUGGACAAUUUCGAUUAUUUAACUCGAGAUUCCUCGAUUUUGGGGGCGCAUCACUUGGAUGAGUUUGUCCGGAUUUGGGCUGAAUACGACCCCAAUGCCACGGGGAAAAUUCAUUAUAUUGAAAUGUACGACAUGUUGAAAAAUAUGGAUCCACCUCUUGGUUUCGGAAAUAAAUGUCCCAAUCGACUGGCGUAUAAAAAACUAAUUAGGAUGAACAUGCCAGUGGACGAUGAGGGCAAAGUGAAUUUUACUACAACGCUAUUUGCCUUGAUUCGUGAAAAUCUCAACAUAAAAAUGAGGCCUGCCGAGGAAAUGGAUCAAGCCGAUGAUGAGUUAAGGGAGACAAUCAAAAAUAUCUGGCCACUGCAGGCCAAAAACAUGGUCGAUCUGUUGGUGCCACCCAAUGACCAUUUGAACAACGGCAAAUUGACUGUGGGUAAAUUAUACGCCGGUCUUUUGAUUUUGGAGAGCUGGAGGAGUACCAGAUUUGGGCAAGUGGAACCGACUGGGAUUCCGAAAGCGUCGUUUUUUGACUGCCUGUUGGAUAUGGCGGGUCACUUGGGCGGAAGUCGAACCGGUUCAGUGAGUUUAGAAGGCGCCCCACUUAUGGGCAGCCAAGAACCCCCCGAUUCGCAUGCCCAUGAAGAAAGCUCAUUGGCUACUCUCGCCCGAAGAAACACCAAGCGAAAUCGGUCCAUGAGGAACAAAAAGGUGAUGGAGCUCCAAGAAGGCAUGGGGUCCAGAAGACAAUCUUGUGAACUAUCACAACACAUACUACCUAUAUUAAUAGGUGAUCAACAUUUGCAUCCGUUAGGUUUUAGUAAUACUCAUCGGAGAUCACCUAGUCUUCGACGUGGUAAUUCGCCUUCGUUGCAAAGAAGUCCAUCACCGCGUAGAAAAUAUCCUCCUCAUCUUCAUCACGAUAUUGGCUUUUCUGAUACCGUGUCCAAUGUGGUCGAGAUUGUUAAACACGAACAUCAGAGGUCUCAUUCGAACAGGAGAUUUGUGAGAGAAUUCUCCGCAGGCUCGUGGUCAGCCUCCACAAGUCCCGCGCGUUCUCCAUCCCCCAGCGAUAUCCGCCACAACUGUGGAUACGGCCCUUUGCGUUCGUCCCGUCGCGGGUACGGCACCACAAGUCUCUGCCAGCGUUCCCGCUCGCCCAGUCCAACCCAUCCCAUCCCACAUCAGCAAGGUCCACCCAUAAUCGCCGGUGCUGUGGUAGGUAUUCCGAUGCAGCAGCAACAGCAGCAAUCGUCAUCGACCCACGAAAGCACCAGCGUACAGCACAGCCAUCCAGUGCUGGGUGGGAGGCGGGGACAAGGCAGGAGACUACCACCAACGCCCUCCAAACCAUCCACUUUGCAGCUGAGGCCGGGGCCCAUCAACUUUCCGAAACUGAAUGCUUCGCCAACGCAUAUCCAGUCGCACUCGGCGCACGCGACGCCGCACGCCGCGCCCCACAACUACCACCGCGAGGUCGUCGCGACGUCCAACGUCCCGACGGCGGCGACGGCGCUCCGCGACGGCAACCAGGCGCCCCUCAGCUUCGAACAGGCGGUGGCUUUGGGCCGCGGCGGCAGAAUGCUCCCAAGUCCGGUGCCUAAUGGUUACAAACCAAAACCAACUCGCUCUCGUCAUUCGGACUCUGACGACGACGACUGGUGCUAACACACGGAGAACACUCAGUAAAUGAGUUAAAAUAAUACAAUAUAUUGCGACAUUUUUAGAACUAGUGCAACAUUAUUUGAACGGACGAUCUAAAAACAUGUUAACUGUUAUUCACAAUAAAUCUCUGGCCUUUCAGGAAUUGAAUAACAUGUUGAUGUUGUGUUGGUGUAUUCCACAGUGGUGACGAUCCUCAUCACCGAACUCUUUAUUGAAUUUUGUAACUACUGCCAAUAACAAUUUUGAACUUAUCGCCCUUUGUAUUUAUCAGGAGGCGCGCCAAAAGGAACAUCACACCUCGAUUUUUUCAAGGUUUUUAUUUAUAUUGUCGUGCAAUGUUUAAUUAUUAUUAAAAUUAUUAAAACUUGUUUAAAAAUUAAUAUUUUUAUUUUCUUCUAUUUUACAUGUUUUUCAGUAAAUGCUCUAAAUUUCGUUAUUAAAGCCUAAAAAAUAACAUUUUCAACAUAAAAAAAUAUUACCUUCAACAAAUUCUUUUGAUGAUUCUUUUAUCCCAAACAAUGAAGCAACCAUUUUUUCUCUGUGAUUCUAUUUUUAUUGUUUUAUAUUUGUACUCUCAUUUAUUUAUUUAUUUUUUGUAAAUGAUUUUUUCUUUUUUCGAAUUUUUGAGAAAAAAAAUUUAUUGAGUUUUUUCUGAUUCUGCUUCUUCUCUGUAUAAUAAAUCUACUAAAAUCAUUGGAAUAUAAAAAACAAUUUUAGUAACUUGUUUAUUAAAAUUUAAAUAAUUAAAAUAAAAAAUCUUACGCUAAAUUAUGUCAAGAAUUCUUAAAGGGAAGUGUGAGAUUGUUCUUACUAACAAAAAUAAAUUAGAUGUAUUUUUUGAAAGAAAAAAAAACAAAAAAACAAAUAUAUAAAGAACUUGAAUACAAACGGAAACGUGUAAAAAUGUGGUAAAUAACUUUGAAGAGUUUUUUUUCUCAUUUUUCUGAUCAUUUCAUUUUACUUUCUUUGCAUCAAUUCAUUAUUGACGUCAGCUGAGAUCAGAACUCUUUUUUCAAUGUCAUUAUCGAAUGCCAAAUUUAGGCAUUUGAUAUUUUUACAAGUACACCGAUAUUAGUCAAAAUGAUGAAACAUAAUCUUGGUAUUAUUUAAAAUUCAAAAGUUUAAUCAGUAAAUAUCUCGAUAAUAUCCCGAUAUUUCUAAACCAUUUUUUUUAUAUUGAAUUAUUUAUUAUUACACAUUGGACUCCAAAUGUGUAUGUUUUUGGAUGUAAAUGCUCUAAAUUUCGUUAUUAAAGCCUAAAAAAAUUAUAAUAAAAUAUUACCUUCAACAAAUUCUUUUGAUGAUUUUUUUGUCCUAAACAAUGUAACAAUCUAUUUUUUUGUUUCCAAUUUUUAUUGUUCCAAACGUUCAGAAAUCCAUUUUCCAUUUAUACUCUCAUUACUCUCUUUUGAUCGUUUUAUUUAGUUUUUGUAAUUGAAUUGUUUUUAAUUUUUUUACCAUAUUUUGAGAUAAAAUGUUAUUGUUUUUUUUCUGCUUCUUUUCUGUAUAAUAAAGCUAAUAAAAUCACUGCAACAAAAAACUAUUUUACAAACUUGUUUAUUUAAAUUAAAAAAAUUUGUUCGGUAUAGUGAUAAACAUCUUUGACAUUCGAUAGGGAAAAUAGUAAAUGAAUUAUUAAGUUUAUAAUAUUUUAAAUAUUUUAAAUAAAACAAACACAAAUGAUCUAUCUAUAAUGUAAUUAAAAAAAUUAAAAGAUUAUUUGGAAGAAAAAAAAUCAAAUAAAAAUAAAAAAAAUUAAAGAAACUGUUAACAAAUUACUUGAUUACGAACAAAAACGUGUAUAACAGUUAAAAUAACAAAAAAAAUUUUUAAUGUUUUUAUAUUAAACUUUUCAAUUUUAAACAAUACCAAAAUUACCAGUAUUUUGAUCAAAUUGUGUAAACAAUUACUUCCUAAAUUUGACAUUCGAAGGGACAAUAAAACUUAUAAUCUCUGUUAUGGAUCAAUAUAAUGAAUUGAAUUCAAAAUAAUUUAAAUAAAUCAUUUUUUACGCAAAUAUCCUGCUACUAACAAAAAUGAAUCAGCUGUAUUAAAAAAAACAAAUAAUUAAAAAACUAUUCAAAAAUUACUUAAAUAUGAACGGAUUCGUGUGAAAAUGUGGUAAGUAACUUUAAAAAGUUUCUUUAAAUUUUUUGUUUUUGUUUUCGAUUUUUUUUGGGAAGUUUUGUUUUAAUCUUUUUUCUUAUUUUUCGGAUUAUCUUAUUUAUUUCAUUUUACUUCCUUUGUAUUAAUUCAUUAUUGAUGAUAACUGAGAUCCCAAAAAAUACAGCAAUAAGGGGCAAAAUGAUCAAAACACGAUUUUGGUAUUAUUUAAAAUUCAAAAGUUUAACCAAGCAGUACUUUGGUAAUAUCCUUCUAUUUUUAAAAAGUUUUUUUAUAAUGAAUUUUUUAUAAUUACACAUUGAACAUAUGUUUUUUGAUAAUUGCUCUAAAUUUCAUUAUUAAAGCCUAAAAAAUAGCAUUCCCAACAUAAAAAAGUAUUAGUUUUAACAAAUUCUUUUGAUAAUUAAUUUAAUUCGUACUCUCAUUUUUUUAUUUUAUUUAGUUUUUGUAAUUGAUUUUUUCUUCUGCUUUUUCUCUGUAUAAGCUAGUAAAAUUAUUGGAAUAUAAAAAAGAAUUUUACUGACGUGUUCAUUCAAAUUUAAAAAAUAAUGAAACAUAAUCUUGAAAUUAUUUGUUUAAAAUCCAAAAGUUUAAUAUCCCAAAAUUUCAAAAAAAUUUUUUGUAAAAAAAAACUAAGAAUUUUUUUAUUAUUAUACAAUGGGCUCCGAAAAUGUUAAAAAUUAAUUUAAUUUAAUUUUUGUUAGUUAUUUUUCUCAAAAAUUGUGACAGUUGAGUUUUCAACUUGUUCAUGUUUUGAAUUACGAGUUUGAACAGUUUGUUAAAUUCUUAUCGAGGUCUGAGCUUGUCCAUUUUGGCGCGCGUUCUCGUCAAAAGUGGCUGAAGAUCCUGAAAAUUUUCAAAUCUGGCGCUAUACCUAUUCAUAUCAAGGUUUUUUAAAUUGCCUGAAUCACUCCUUAUUUGUGUUCAUCGACGCCGCGCUUUUUAUGAAAAUAUCAGCAGUAAAAUGGGUCUGGAUGUUCAGUCACUGUAGCGAUGUACGAGUUAGAGUUUCGUAUACAUGUACAUAUUAAAAGUAAUAAUGAUUGGUAGUUCUGAAAUUUACAUUAAUGUAAUUUAUACCAAGCAUUUUAUUCUGAUAAAUAAGUAUAAUUCUUCCCUAAAGUGCUUUAAACACUAAAUUUACGAAACAUACUUGUUACAUCAAUAAGAGGUAAUUUGAGCGUUUUGAUUCGUUUCUCUCAUGGAUUAGUUGAGACAUUAUUUCUGUGAUAUGAGCACUUAAUGGUGUGUGUUAAGUGUAAUGGUUUAGUGCUCGGAACUGUUUCGUUUCAGUUGAACCUACCUAACCACAUAACUGUAGACUCUACUAGUGUUAUUACAUAGGGCAUUCGCCCACUUGUGACCGUUUGCAGCGAUGCAAGUGGCUCUUAGUUUAUUAAAAAAGAUGCCUUAUAAACUAUUAACCAAGUCUACGCGGAGAAAUACAGUAAUCUGAUUUUUUUUCGUUAACACAUGGCCAAAAAACGUUUACGCGAACCAAAAGUGCAGGUCCAUUGAAUUUCGUUGACAAAAAAAGUCCACUUCUUCGUCACGGGAGUUCGAGUUUUGUUGUGGUUAUCACAUAACAUCAAGUAUUGUCAUUGAAGACAAAAGUAUCUACGAUGGAACCACGUCUUUUUCGAAAUCCGCGUCCGGUUCCAUCCUGCCUGUUUUUAUCAUUACGAUUAAUUGUAAUAUCUCUGCCAAUUGAACAAAAUGCGGGUCUCGUAAUUCAUUUAAACUCUGUAGAGAUAAGUAGUUCUAGUAAUUGAGGGGCGAAUCGUUAAUCGCCGAUCAGUGCGAAUGUGCGUGUGUCUUUAUGUCUGUCCGUGUGGCUUUGCAGGCAUGAGGCCAUUUGUAUUCACAGACAUUUCCGAGAUGCUGUUCUUCGUCUGUUUUAUUACAUUAAAUUGAAAAAAAGUCCAAGUUUUAUAUCCAGCAUCUGUACAUAAUAUAGGUAUAUUAAUAAAAACCAAAUCUAUAAUUCUAGAAAUAUCUGUUAAUACAUGCUAAUCUGUUAAACAUUUCAAAAAUGAUGCUGUGCAACCUGUUAUUAUAUUACGAAAUGAAGUAUUAUCUUGUUAUACACAUACCUAGGUAAAUCAUUAUUUAUCUUUAGAUUAAGACUACUUACCAGCAGCAUUUUUGAAAUCCGUUCGAGUAUAUAUAAAUAAAUUUAUCUUUUUCGUAAUUAUGUUAUGAAUAUUUAUGUAUUUAUCCAUCAGUGAAAAUUUGCAUUAGUGUUAAUUAUAUUAACAUCGCUUACAGCCCAUUUUUUAAUGAAAAUUGUGAAUAAAUAAUAAUAUACUU